ACGUCAAAACAAAAAGUUAACUCCAUAAAUGCAUAAGAAUAAAAUUUAAUUUUGUCGUUUUAAAGUGUAUUACUAACAUCUUAAUGUUAAUUGCUUUGAUACAUUUAUUAUAAUGUCAGUGUAUUUAACAAGAAUUGCCGUUAGUGCGAUUCGAAACAUUACCAAUAAGAGCUCCACACUUUCUAAUGUAGUCGAAUUCUCGGCGGCCAAAUUGUUAUUGAAUAAUAAAAAUGAUGUAUUUCAUUUAUCCCGACAGUUAACAGUAAGAAAUUUUGCUACCGAUACCAUCCAGCCGGUAGUUGCUUUAGAAAACGCUAGUUUACCCUUGAAAAAGAAGACAGUGCACAAAAAGGCGGUACUUGAGGAUCUAACGAAGAAAGAAGGACAUUAUUUAACUUUUGCUUAUGCAACAGCAAAUUCCUACGAUUUAAAAGCAUUAAAAGAAGCUCUAGUACAACAGAAACUUUAUGAACCGGGAAAGUUAAAAGCACAUGAAGUGGGAGAUGUGGUAAUUGCAAAUCCUGUCUACACAAUAGGAACUGAACCUAGGGAAAUAAUCUUUUUUAAAGAGGGCGCUGUUGUGUUUUGGAAUUGUACAGAAUUGGAAGCUAGUAAUGUUCUUGAUUUCGUUAAAAGGUAUGAAAUUGAAAGCUAUCCAAAAGAUGUGGUGGAACGAGAAAGGGAAGUGAUGACUUAUGUAUAUCAGCCAAAUGUUAAAAAAUGCCAUUUGCAAGAGUCCUGUUUUAUUUUAGUACCAGACAGGGAUAAUUCUUUAGAGAAGUAUAGUUUUAGUCAUGCCAUGGCUCAAUCUGCUAGACUCGGGGCUUGGGAAGCACGUUUGGAGUCCUUGGCUGCUUCCGUUAGAGAACACAGCGCAAUCAUGGAGCGGGAUGGAGCUACUUAUGUUGAUAAGAAAGAAGUAGUAAGAAAGUUAGGAGAACUCUUCUCGUUGCGGCAUAGACUCAAUGUAGAAUCUGAUUUACUGGAUACACCCGAUUUUUACUGGGAAGAAGAGGAGUUGGAAAGGUUAUACUCUAAUACAGUCGCCUAUUUCACCAUACCAAGGCGAACAAGGGUACUGAACGAGCGACUCUCCCACUGUGUGGAACUGUUAGAGUUGCUCUCCUCGUGGGCAGCGGACAGACAUCAUGUGCGCUUAGAGUGGAUGGUGAUAGCGCUCAUAUUGGCUGAAGUCUGCUUCGAACUGCUGCAUUUCUUCGAGAGGAGUUCGCGUAGUGUACGUCGUAAAGCUUCGUAUUCAGUGGACUUUGAAGAUCCUCUACUACAUGAUCUCUCCAUCAUCGACACAUAAAUUUGUUGGUUUUUGUAACUUCAGUAUGUAC